UAAAACAGCGUAUGAAAUUAUUGAGACGUCUCCCAGGAAGAAUGCCAAUCAAUCUUUAUCGGUAGUUCUCAGAAUUGCGGAUUUGAAUGCUAUUAAUAGUACGCUUAAACGAUCGAUAACGCGGAUUGAGGGCGACCGGAGAGAGCUGGCGGCUAUGGGCGGAGUGAAGCUGGCGGCUCUGGUGCUUCUCACGGUGCUGUCAAUUUCAUCGGCGGCAGAGAAAUUUUGGAAAUCCGGACGACUUUCUUCUUCUUCUCCGUCUUCUAUUGUCCUCCCACUGCACGGCGAUGUUUAUCCCAAUGGCUAUUAUUUUGCUCAAGUCUUUGUAGGGAGGCCGCCGAAGCCCUAUUUUCUUGAUCCCGACACUGGCAGUGAUCUCACGUGGCUUCAGUGUGAUGCUCCCUGUAGUCGUUGCAUGAAGACGCUUCACCCGCUAUACAAGCCCAAUAAUGACCUUGUCGGUUGUAAAGACCCUCUCUGCACGUCAUUGCAGUCAAGUGAACACAAAUGUGAGACUCUAGAACAAUGUGACUAUGAGGUUCAGUAUGCAGAUGGUGCUUCUACCCUCGGCGUCCUGCUUACGGAUUCUUUUUCCUUCCAUCUCACCAACGGGAUUGAGAUUGAACCUACUCUAGCUAUUGGAUGUGGAUAUGACCAGGUAGCUGGUCACUCUUACCAUCCUGUAGAUGGAGUACUUGGACUAGGGAAAGGACCCACCAGCAUUUUGUCACAGCUUAAGAAAAUGGGUCUGGUGCGUAAUGUUGUUGGCCAUUGCUUGAGUGGGAAAGGAGGAUAUCUCUUCUUUGGCGAUCAAGUCUAUGAUGCUUCACAAGUAGUUUGGGCUCCAAUGUUGCGUGAUUACCAGAAGCACUACUCGCCAGGAUAUGCAGAGCUGAUUUUUUAUGGUAUUCGUACAGAGUUUAAGAAUUUUCGUGUGAUCUUUGACAGUGGGAGUUCUUAUACCUAUCUGCAUUUUGAGCCAUACCAAGCUUUAGUUUCUUUGGUGGAGAAAGGACUAAGUAGCAAGCCCUUGAGAAGAGCGGACGAUGACGAUACUCUCCCACUGUGCUGGAAGGGAAAGAAGCCUUUCAAAAGUGUACAGGAUGUCAAGCAAUAUUUCAAACCUUUUGCACUGAACUUUGCCAAUGGACGAAAGGCCAAAUCUCAAUUUGAAAUCUCCCCGGAAUCAUAUCUUAUCAUAUCAUCGAAAGGCAGUGUGUGUUUGGGGGUGCUAAACGGUACCGAAGCAGGUCUAGAUGAUAUUAACAUAAUCGGAGAUAUAUCAAUGCAAGAUAAAAUGGUGAUUUAUGACAAUGAGAAGAAUUCAAUAGGAUGGAUCCCUGCAAAGUGUGUUCAGCCAUCAAAAUCAACCAAUUCUGAGAUCCCUCAAUUUCAGAAUCAAGCUACACAUCAAGAACUUUAGGAAUUGUGGUUUCAUAGAACAUUCAGCAGCAAACCUCCUGCCUGGCAAUCGAAAGGCAAUUCUUUUCCUCUGCUCAAUCUUCAGUUUUCCACCUUUUUUAAACUCGGCCCUUUUGUAUCAGGUCUAAUGGGCAACUCCUUGCUUCAAUUUACCAGUGAUGGAAUAUGUAUAUGAUACCAUGGGGUUGCUAUUAGAAUGGUCAUCUUCUACAUGAAUAAGACUCAACUUUUGUUGGGUAUGAUCACUGUCUUUCCAUUGGUAUAUGUUGUAAAGAUGAAUCAUUUCCUUUUUUUUAUUAUUCCCUUCCCUUUCAAAUUUUGUAGUUCCUCUUGUAUUUGCAUGAGUCUUAAGAAAAAGCAAGGUGAAAG